AUGCCCAUCGUUGAUGCAUUGAACCUAGAUGACGACCUUUUAGAGGAUGCAGUGCCAUGGUCACAUGAGCCAGUCUGCACCUCUUAUAUCGACGAGCUCGAAAGCGAGCUAUGCGUGUACACAAUCGCGAGUUUUGACAGAGGAAGAGGUAUCUCUAUCUUCACAACGCCCCGGAUAGCCGAAGAAUUCGCAUUUCUAUCCCCGUUUCGGGAGGUCCGAGGAUUAGGCGUCAACGACCACACGAAUGCCUGGUACACUGAAGCUCUUCCAGGAAAAGGCAUUGCCAUGUUAGCCAAGCACAAUGUCAAGAGUGGCGAACUUUUAUCCGCCUACACACCUGCACUUCUUGUCCACAUGGAUUCGCAAUUAUCGACAUUGCAACGUGAAAAAUUCCUCAAGAUUGCAGUCAAUCAGCUACCCGCUGCUACUAGGGACUCAUAUUUAAGCCUCACAAAGUUCUACAACAAUCCGAUGGUUGUUAUGCAUGACGUGCUGAAGUCAAACACAUUCGAGAUGGAAAUUGGCGGGCAUAUGCAUCUGGCUUUGAUACCAGAACCUUCGCGCAUGAACCAUGAUUGCGCCCCAAAUGCUCAAUAUUACCUCGACGGAGCAACUUUAACGCACGUCGUGCAUGCGACAAGGGAUAUUGGACAAGAUGAAGAGAUUACCAUUGCUUACUCAGAUCCACUGACGCACUACGAACUACGUCACCGAAAUCUCGAAGCGGGAUACCAUUUCUCCUGCCAAUGCAAGCGUUGCCAGGAUCAUGAAGCUUCAGACGCUAUUUUGACCACGAUCAAGACGCUUACAACUGGUCUUGAAGAUUGGACGCCGGAAUCAACGGCCACGACUGAGGACGCAGAGCGCGUGAUCCAACUCUUUCAAGAGCAGGGUCUCGAAGGGUUCCUAGACGUUCCUCAUGGCCACGCAGCAAUGGCAUACAGCGCUGUCGGCAAUUUAGAAGAAGCUGCGAAACAUGCGAAGCUGGCUGCCGAGGUUCUCGCUAUCAAGAUGGGCCCUACUGUACCGGGUGUAGCUGAUUGGGAGGAGAUGGCCGCAGACGUGAAAGCGCAUUGGAGUUGGGGGAAGAGGAAGAGAGGAUUUAAAGGGACCUUUAGUAAGAUGUUUGGAUAG